CAGAUCACUCGGUGUCCCGCUUCCUAUUCGCUUUUUUUUUUUUCCUCGAUGAGUCUUUUUGUCCUUCCUGACACGCCGUAGAGGACAACCAACAAACGUGCAAUGUUGUGACUCGAUCCAGCUAGUUUACGGUUUUCACCUGAACACGUGCGAAGACGGAAACGCGCUCGUGUCCGAUCGAUUUUUCUCAUUGAACCCUAAAAGUCCCGCGGAAAGCUGCGGUCCCGUUGGCCUGCGCAGCUUCAAAACCGGAGGAGAAGAAGAACCGGAACCUUGACGGUAGCCUUGUCAGUGGAGAUCCGAGAGGAGGCUAAAAAUAUUUCCACCUCGCGUCUGUGGGGGAGAAGCCCGUCGCUAACAUGUCAGCCGUGCAAAACGAGUCGAGGAAGCGCAGCAAGAAGCGCUAUGUGUCCGGUCAGCAGGGCAAGCGGUGGAAGGGCUCCCGGGAGCUGGAGGUGGGAAUGCAGGGGAUCCUCAUCACCUGCAACAUGAACGAGAGAAAGUGCACCGCGGAGGCCUUCAACCUGCUCAACGAAUACGCGGACAAGCUCUACGGUCCGGAGAAGCUUCAGAACAACAAAGGAAGCAGCAGCAGUGAGGAAGAAGAAGCCGAAGAAGAAGACGUAGACGUGGCGUUGAAGAAGGAAGUCGCACAGCUUCAGUCGUCUGCAGGCAAACAGGAGAGACGCUUCCAGGCCCUGGAGAGCGGCGCUAACAAUGUCAUCUUCAUCAGAACUCACAAUCUGGAACCUGACAAAUUGGUUCAUCACAUUCUGUCUGACCUCCAUUCUACCAAGAAAAAGAAGUCGCGAGUCAUCCUCCGGAUGCUUCCUGUAACUGGAACGUGCAAGGCGUUCCAGGAAGACAUGCUGAAAUACCUGACUACCUUCUUAGAGCCCUGGUUCAAAACUCCGCACAGUGCAACUUACCAGAUCGCCUUCAAGGCCCGAAACAGCAGCCAUAACAAGAGAGAGGAAAUCAUCAAAUCCAUCGCAGGUCUCGUUGGGAAGCUGAACCCGAAAAACAAGGUGGAUCUGACGAACCCUGAGCUGACGAUAAUCGUGGAGGUAAUCAAGGCCGUGUGCUGCAUCAGCGUGGCCAGAGACUAUACGCUGUACAGGAAGUACAAUGUUCAGGAAGUGGUAAAAGAGGACGCGGCCAAGACGAAAACCGACGUGAUCGCUGGCGAACGGAGAGACGAGCACAGCGGAGGGGAGGCGGAGAAGGACAAGGAGGAGAAAGUUGCACAAGAUGAGGAGAAAACUGGAGCACAGGAUGAAGAGCAGGAGGAAGUUGAUAAGGACGAAGGCAGUGGAGAAUAAGAGUUCAGACUCAAAAAAAUCAGCCAGUUUCUUUAUGCUUAAGUGUGAUUUUUAAUUUUUAUUUUUAACUGUUAACAGUUGUCUAAUACGAUGGAGUAUUAGGGCCAUUCUAAAAAAAAUAAUUAUUGUGGUAUUAUGAGGAUAUAGUCAUAGUAUUACAACUUAUGACUUCAAUUCUGUAAUGUUUCAACUUAAUUCUUGUAUGACUUUAUUCUCUUAAUUAAAUUUUUUUUAAUGUCUUAGCAUGGCCCAAAUAUUCUGUCGUAAUCAAAAUGCCCUGGUUGUUAAUAGUCUAAAAGAUAAUAAUGUAACUUAAUGUUUUGGGGCAUUUUUUUUUUAAUUAAUAUAUGAAGACAAAUGUCAGACUUGUAAGGUAAGAGGGUAAGUGUCCAGUUUCUUGCAAUGAAAAGUUACACCUUUGACCUUUUUGUAUUUUGAAUUUCAGUUUCUAAUUUAGAUCUUUUUACUCAAAUAAUUGCAAGUUGGGCCACAUGGUCAACAGGAAGAUUACAUAAUUAAUUACCCGUCUACUCUUUGUAGUUCUUUCUUAAUUCUCAAAUUAAAGUUCUGUGUUUGACUGGU